CACAUGGCUGACACAUUAACCUGCAGGACUGAGUGACUCAUUUGUUCUGAGAAUAGUUAGUAGAUAGGGAAAACUUUGUGAUAUUCAAAAAAAAAAACACUGUUGUUGUUUGUAACGCUUGGAAUAGCACAUUUCAGAUUCAGUGCAGCCACGAAUUGUUAUAGCAAAUGGCAGCAACGGUGGAAUUUUGUUUACCUGGCUGCAGCUCACACCUGAAGGCAUUCCUCUGUGUCACACUCAUAUCUAGGUUAGGGUUAGUAAUCCAGAAAAACAUGACCAGGAAGAAAAGUUUCUCAUGAGUCGCAUGACGUUGACGUCAUUUGGUAUCUGCGGACUACAGAUUCAUUGUCAGAAGUAAUUGACCUGAAAACAAUUUGAGAGACCCCAGUGCUGAGGGAAAAAUGCUCCGUUUUCUCUGCUGUUGCUGCGCCUCAGGAGAAAUCUCCGAUGACGAGAGAGAGCCUCUCCUGAACCCAAGACCUUCUGACCUGAAUGGAGCUGGAUCAGCCCGGCAGACCCGGCCAGCACACAGUGAUGCACAGACCGUGAAGCGGAUCGGCAGGCUGGUGAUGAGGCGAGUGUGUGUGUCAGAAUUGGACCAGAGGUUUACUGACAUGGCUGAGACUUUCAACGAACAGCACGAGCGUUACGAGGCCAUGGUCCGACAUAUCAGAAACCUGCGUCAGAGCUACGGCUGCAACCACAAUGAUACCCUGGCUCUGGCUGAAUGUGUGGGGACGAUCAGAGACGAGCAUGAGGCUAAGUUCAGGGUCUCCCUUAAGAUGAAAGGCUAUGACUUCUCCCUCAAUGUGGCUCCUGUUGAUGAAAGUGAGGAGGAACCGCUGCCACCACAUCUACAUUUGGCUCUGGAGGAAGUGAAGGGCAUUUCUGAAAGCGCCAAAGCCACCAUCUCAAAGGGUACCACGCUUCAAGAGUUGAUCAGCUGGCUGCUCCGUAGCAAGGAGCAAAUGGCUGAGCAAGUAAAGGGGGCUGCAGCAACUUACCAGGAGCAAGGAAGACUGUACGAGAACCUGGAGGAGAACCUGAAUGAAGUGAGGAGGGCCAAGGAGUUGUCACUGGAAUACAAACAACGAGCAGGGGAAGUCCUCACUGAGGCUGCACAGAUAGCAGGGGCUUCUGUGUAGUUUGUGUGCAUUUUAUUCAAAUAUUUACACAGGUUGUCAGAGGUGCGGACUCGAGUUAGACUCAGGUUACAAAUUUGAGUACUUUCGACUCAGUUUGAUGUAUAAACAUAUAGACUUGAAACUCGACUUGGAUUUGACACUAAUUCCCCUUCAUUUUCUGCAUCAACUAAUGUUAACACUGUUCAUCCCAACAAGUUGACACUCAACUGCCCGAGAUCCACUUUGUUUGAAUCAAUCCGGCAGCUAGUUGCAGGAGAGAGCCUCAAAGAACAAAUAAAUACAAAUUAAUUCAUGAUUUUUAUAUAUUUGAUUUAUAUUUACUGUGUUUUUAAAUAACAUUUGGCAAAGAGCACAUACUGACUUGUUUAUGACUUGGGGCUUGACUUGGGACUUGAGUGCAAAGACUUGAGACCUGCAAAACAAUGACUUGAUCCGACCUCUGGAGGUUUUACACAAUCUGACAAUUAUGCACACACAGAAUGUCAUGCAUGCAUUUAAAUGUACCAAGUAUUCUCUCAGCUUGACGCACUAUUGUAGCCUAUUGUAUCAUGCCUGUUUUAAAUACACAAAAGCUUGCGAUGCUAUCUGCCAUUUACAUCUUUUAUUAAGUUUUUCAGAAAUAUAGCAGAGACUAACAUUAUUUUCCAGCUGACACUAGGGGGCAUUGCAGGCUCACUUUACAUUUCUAACAGUUGCUUUUUAAUUCAUGUUUCUCAGAUUUAGCCUGUUAAUCAGAAAUUGCACUAAUUCCAAAAUCAGGUAUCAUAUGAAUAAAUGUGUUUCUAUUUUUAAAGUUUUUUUUAAAUCUCGAUCUUUUAAAAAAAUUUGGAUUGUAAUUUAUUUAAAAAAAAAAAAAAAUGCAAUAGAGGACAAUGCACAGUCUCCUAUAGCAUUGGACAAGAGGUUUGAUGUGACUUUGCCGGUCUUUGUUCUCAGAUUUGCUGAUUAUUAUCCACAAAAGCCCAUGCAUUUAUCAACUGAUUAUAAACGGUAGCUUUCCAUCUGCUAUUAAUGUGAAAGCAAACAAACACAUGGUCAUAUGCCAUCUUGAUAAUUAAUUUUGGAAAAUCCAUUGUUCCAGAGGUCAUUAUCAAGUGGUCAUGCAUUAUUUAUCCGACGGAGACAGUUUUAGAGUCCUGCUUUUGGCUUAAGCUUUACAUAUUAAUUUGGCAUGAAGUGUGAUGAAGUGGAUAACACCUGAGGAUGAGUUGCCCAUUUUUAAAUGAAAAACUCAGAGUAAUAAAUCAAGUAAAUUGACAACAUUGGAAAAAUAAAUAAAUAUAUAUAUUAAAGGCAAACUAUAUUAA